AGGCACAAAACUCAGAGCACGGAACACAUUGCCAUGGCGAUGGAUGUGGAAGAGAGAGUGCAAUUAGGGUUUCCGUACUGGAACUCGGUUCGCCGAAAGUUCGGACCGGAGUCUCCCUUCUUUGCCUCUGGCAACAUCGAAAGGGAACUUCUCGCCAAACAGGUUGCAUUGGAUUUAACCGAAGAUGAAAAGCAUCAGCUUCAGAAAUUGGUAGCUGAGGAAGGCGGGGGAUUUUUCUGCCCAAUUGUUGGUUGCGGUACACGCUUGACUUCUUUGGAGGACUUUGAAGAUCAUUACAAUGCACGGCAUACUGCAUCCUGUUCAAUAUGCUCUAGAGUUUACCCAACGUCGCGCCUGCUCAGCAUACAUGUAUCAGAAGGACAUGAUUCCUUCUUUCAGGCUAAAGUUGCACGUGGCUAUGCCAUGUAUGAAUGCUUGGUGGAAGGCUGUAGUUUGAAGCUCAAGAGCUACAAAAGUCGACAACAGCAUCUGGUGGACAAGCAUAAAUUUCCCACUUCGUUUGAGUUUUUCAAGAAGGCCCGCCCAUCUAAGAAACAUAGGCAACGCAAACAAGCUACUCACAAGAGGGAGGAAGGUUCAUUUAUGGAAGUAGAAAAUGAAUCCAUUGAUGGACUCGUUUCUGCAGUCUCCAAAUUAAGCACUUCAGACUCCUCCCCUUCAUCCAUCAGCUUUGGUCGCCGCCAUACUCGUGGAUUGACUUUUGUCCCUCGAGCAGUUCAGCGAGAAAAAAGGCCAGACUCCAAGUAAGCUGGAACAAAGAGACAGCAAGUAUGCAUUCCAACCAAAUUUGGGUUCUCUGUAAAACCCUCGCCUUCUCCAUCAUUUCUGUUGUCUCCUGCAACCAACUUUUGGAAGCUGAUAAAAAAAAAAAAAAAAAAAUGGAACAAAAGAAGAAGAAGAAAGAGUUAGGGUUAUUAGAAAGAUUUUCACUGCUUUAGAUGAUGUUUAGCUGUUCUCUCUGAAUCUUCCAUGUGAACUCCAGGUAUUAGUAUGGAGGAGGCUGGCAGCUCUUCUUUUCCCUUUGGUUUUGUAUCUCCUUGUGGUCUCUUUCAUGUUAUAGAUGUCUCGUGAUAUGAGAUAUUAGAAGAAUCUUUUGUGUUCAUGAUUAUGUUGUAAUGAAGUCUAAUCUUUUUGGGCAUAUUACAAUUGAAAAUUUAAAACA